CUGGAACAGUAUGUUUUACUCCCUGUUUCUUUCCCCCGGCUUCACGGAUUAUAAUUAACAUAAUUACGUUCAGAUCCUGUUCACACUCAACGACGUCAUGUGUACCGGCCAUCCAGGUGGGAGCAUCCGGACUGGGCAACACUGUCCUUUUGCAACACGACAAUCAGGACCAAGUUUCCCUACUAUCCCGGUGGCCCCGACCCAAACAGCAUGGCCACAUUGGUUUUCCUUUCGGAGGGGGUAUAUCGGCUUCCUAUAUACACUUCGAUUGUGGUUGUUGAGCCUAUGGAUCUCAAGGACUUACUGUUGUCUAGGAAGGACCGCCAUCACCCUUGAUGGGUUGAAUGAGUGCGGGGAUCAGGGGGCACUUGAAACCUUGAUGAAGCUCGUGUUAAUGCCACUUCAGGCCUUACCUCUCACGUUUGCUGUGCUUAUCAGCUCUCGCCCGGAACAGGAGGUUGUUUCAGCUUGGGACGAUGCCAUGGAUCGAGGUCUUGACAUCCCAUGCGAGGAUAUCGAUAAGGUCGGAGAGGAGACUCUGCACACCGUUCGUCAUAUGGUGGAGGUGGCCUUCGUGACUGUGUGAAGAAAUCUGCUUGGAAGCCAUCAAAUGAGGAUUUUGACGGCUUUACCUCAGCUUUCCGUGGAUUGCCCGUUACUGCUUCAAUCCGCAUACGUGAUGUCCAUGAUCAGACUCGACGUGAUUCCACUCUCAAGCGGGAGUUUGGGUACUUUCGCAAUCUUACAGAUGCACCACUCGACCUGAAGUCAGAGUGUUUUCAAACACACCAAAGUGAUUGGGACAGUCAUUGUAGCACGUUGGCCGCUCAGUUUAUAUCCGAUGUCACAGCUCCUAGGGAUAGCUGAGGAUGAAGUCCAUGCAACCCUAGAGCCGAUCAGUUCAAUUAUUGAGUUGUCCUCAGAGAAAUCACGGUCCCUCCAAGGUUUGAUGCGGGU